AGCAGCAUUAUUCCCCCACGUUGAAACUUUACAGUCGCUUAGUUGUGUUGAGAAAGUGUGUUUGUGAGCUCCAGCAGCACCUCUAUAUGUCCGGAUAAACCUGUCUGAAUGGACUUUGUGCUGCUCAUCUAUUCUGAAUGUUUACCUCUUACUCAUCUCCCGGGAGCUACGGAGCUGUUGAAGUUAGCUUAGCUUAGCUUAGCUAAGCUAGCUUAGCUUAGCAGCGCAGCGUGGCAACGGUGCAAACAAAGCGCUAGACGCAAAGAAAAAAAGUUUCUUUGGUAGUGUGAAAAUGUCUAAAGUCCGGAUGCUGAGAGCGAUGGUGAAGCAGCGACUAACCGCGGCUGCUGAAGAGAUAUUAGGGCUGUUUGAAGCAACGAUAGCAGAGUACGAGGAGGAACUCUGUCGUUCAAGAGAGGAGAACGAGAGACAACGGGAGCGAAUGCACGCCGUUUUCAACCCUCAGCUUCGGUUACACAGAGCAGUGCUUCCUGGAGACGUCCAGCGGGUGUUGGUGGUUAAAGAAGAGGUUCCCCCUGAGCAGCAGGAGUGGAAAUCCAGUGUGGACCAGGAGGACACAAAGCCCCCCCCACACAUUAAAGAGGAACAGGAGGGACUGUGGAGCAGUCAGGAGGGAGAGCAGCUUCAUGGGCUGGAGGAGGUUGAUAUCGAGCUCCUGUUCACUUCUGUCCCUGUGAAGAGUGAAGAAGAUGAUGGAGAGGAAGCUCAGUCCUCACAGCUUCAUCAAAGACAAACUGAACACAUGGAAACUUAUCCUGCUCAUCCACAGUCCUCUCCAUCAGCUUCUGACAGGAGCUCACAUCCACAAACUCUUUCACAACCGGCUGCUCAUGACCAGGCUUUGGACUCUGAACCUGAGGCUGAUAACAGUGGAGAUUGGGACAAGGCCAAGGAAAAGCCAGGUUUAAACCCUCUGCAAAAUGGUGACGUUGCUGUCAGUGAUUCCAGAUGCAGUGCUGCUAAGAAAAAAUUUAGCUGCUCUGAGUGUGGGAAAAGAUUUAGGAAAAAGAGACAUCUGGAGGAUCACAUUAGAAUCCACACAGGAGAGAAACCAUUCAGUUGCUCAGUCUGUAAGAGUUCUUUUAAACAGAGUGGAGGUUUACAUGCACACAUGAGAAUCCACACAGGAGAGAAAACGAUCAGUUGCUCAGUCUGCAAGAAAUAUUUUACACGGAGGGACAGUUUGAAGACUCACAUGAGAAUCCACACUGGAGAAAAACCGUACAAUUGUUCACUGUGUGAUAAAGGAUUUAUAAGCAGGUCAACUCUAAAGAAACACACGAUGACACAUGCAGCAGAAACGCCAUUCAGUUGCUCAGUCUGUAAGAAAGGUUUCGCAUGGAGUGGACUUUUAGAGAGACACAUGAGGAUCCAUACAGAAGACCCCCCUUUAAACUGCUCAGACUGUGGUAAAGGAUUUUUCUUCAUGUCAAAUUUGAAGAAUCACUUGAGGACUCAUACAGGAGAAAAACCAUUUAGUUGUUCAGUCUGUAAGAAAUGUUUCACACAGAAUGGAAGUCUGACGACACACAUGAGAACCCACACAGGGGAAAAGCCAUACCACUGCUCCCUUUGCGAUAAAAGAUUUAUGAAGAAGUCAAAUCUGACGGAACACAUGCGGAGUCAUACAGGAGAAAAACAUUUCAGAUGUUCAGUCUGUGAAAAGUUUUAUUCAAAUAACCGAUAUUUACGCAAGCACAUGAGAAUUCACACAGGAGAGAAACCUUACACCUGCUCAGAGUGCGACAGAGGAUUCUCUUACAGGGAAGCCCUAAUUCGUCACAUGAGAAUCCACACAGAGGAAACCCCUGCAGCUAAAGGAGAGGACUGUGGUGGACCAGAACCAGCCAGGAACUCGGAUCCAGAUGGACUUAAACGACCAGAUACUGAGGACGACACUGGAGACUCCACGGCCGUGGAAAACCAUUAGUAGGGGUGAGCGAUAUAUAUAUAUCGCCUAUGAUUUUUUAUUUUUUAUUUUAAUCCUUUGUUUUACCAGGUGAUGUCCCAUUGAGAUAGUCAAAUCUCUUUUACAACGGAGCCUACGAUAUUGCCUACGAUAAUAUCGUGAUUGUUGUGUCAACGAUGUGCAAAUUGACAGUAUCGAGUAUUUAAAUUACUUCGAAGAAACACUUCAAAACAUGCAUUAAAACUCUACACAAUCAUUUAUGUGUAGAGUGGUAGAAGGGGCGACAAAGAUGGCGGCGCAUGAUUGUGCAGCGGCUCCUAGCUCUCCUGUCGGUGUAGGUUUAUGUUUUUUGUAACGUUCCCAUGUUGAGGUCUUAAUAAAACGUACGGCCACACUGAACUAAUCACUAUAGGACUAUGAUACAACACAGCCGUAACGAGAGCCUCCCAGACAGACCUCCUUAUAAUAUGCCCACUCCCAUUUACUCAGGACACGCCCCCUUUCAUAACAUUAAUUUAAUAGUAAUACUGAAUUGCCUCCACCAAACAAGUAAAUGGGAAAUAAGCAAAUUAGAACACUGUGCGCCAAAACGGCAGUAUGGGCGCAAACGUGAACCACUAGUGUUUCUUCUUGCUGUGUAUCUUUUACUGUCUUGACCAUGGAUUUAUUAAGAGAAUGGUCUUGACAGAUGUCGACACUUUUUGACUGGCGAGAUGGCAGCGACCGGAAAUACCAGCAUUUAAAGUAGGUCGUUCAAAACCUUUUUU